GAAGUGAAGAGACGCUGGGCACAGCCGCACAGAGAGAGAGAGAGAGAGAAUGGAAUUCCUUAGUCAGAAAGAUGAAGAAGAAGCGUGGGCGGCGUCGGAGAUAGAGUAUGUGAGCUAUGAGGGAGAAGAUCAUCUGCCGCUGAUCAUGGGGCUGGUGGACAAAGAGCUGAGCGAGCCAUACUCGAUCUUCACGUACAGGUACUUCGUGUACCUGUGGCCUCAACUGUGUUUUCUGGCAUUCCACAGAGGCAAGUGUGUGGGAACCGUCGUCUGUAAGAUGGGGGAACAUCGCAACACCUACAGAGGCUACAUCGCCAUGCUCGUCGUCAUCGAUUCCUACAGAGGUAAGGGGAUCGCUACUCAACUCGUUACCAGAUCUAUUCAAGUCAUGAUGGAAUCAGGUUGCGAAGAGGUCACACUUGAGGCAGAAGUGACGAAUAAAGGAGCACUGGCACUGUAUGGGCGUCUUGGGUUCAUAAGGGCCAAAAGGCUCUUCCGUUACUACUUGAACGGCGUUGAUGCUUUCCGUCUCAAGCUGCUAUUUCCCCGCCCAGAUUUGCAUUCCCCGACUUCCCCUUCCCGUUCCCCUUAUAUGAGGCUCGAUUGAUCACUGAGUGAUUCAUUAUUGUAACCCUGAUUCUAGAGCCAUGUAUCUUUCAGUCAGAUAUAUAUAUAGGAUCAGCAUAUUGUUCCCAUCCUA